CCCGCCUCGCAGCCGCCCAAAGACGACAAGAAGAAAAAGGACGCGGGCAAGUCCACCAAAAAGGACAAGGACCCGGUCAACAAGUCCGGCGGUAAAGCCAAGAAGAAGAAGUGGUCCAAGGGGAAAGUGAGAGACAAGUUGAACAACCUUGUCCUGUUUGACAAGGCCACCUAUGACAAACUGUGCAAAGAAGUGCCCAACUACAAGCUCAUCACGCCUGCAGUUGUCUCGGAGAGGCUGAAGAUUCGGGGCUCCCUGGCUAGGGCUGCCCUCCAGGAGCUGCUCAGCAAAGGCUUGAUCAAACUGGUGUCCAAGCACCGAGCCCAAGUGAUCUACACCAGAAACACAAAAGGUGGAGAUGCACCUGCCGCAGGGGAGGACGCGUAAGCAGGUUCUCCGGUGACUGUGUCAGCUAUGUGUCAUAUGUAGAUGCACCCAAUAAAAUUAUUGAAAUAAUUUUUCUUGCUUUUU